AGCCCGGGAAGUCCCAGCACUGUGGAGCAUCACUAUGGGAUGUGUACAGGAGAUGAAGUGACAGUGCUGUGUGCAGUCCUGAUGGGUGUAGCAGCUGGGAAUGACUAGCCUCCAUCCCUGACCUGGGACUGCUUGGGAUUUAUCCACAGAGGAGUAGAGGGGAUUAUUGGACUGAUGAGGGGAUCGCCUGGGUGCAAGGAAUAACACAAGUGCACUUUUCUCCUCUUUUUCUUUUCUAUUUUUGUACCUUUGCUCUCUUCUUGUCUUGUUGGAGAUGAUUGUUUUAUUUCUACUGGCGUGCGUGGUGGAUGGUGUGCUUUCCCAGCUAGCCUACAAGGUGCAGGAGGAGAGGGACCAUGGUACUUUCGUGGGGAAUAUCGCUGAGGAUUUGGGCUUGGACAUUACAAAACUCUCCAGUCGCAGGUUUCAGUCGGCCCCCAACUCCAGGAGCCCUUACCUGGAGCUGAACCUGGAGAAUGGAAUCCUGUAUGUCAAGGAGAAGAUCGACAGGGAGCUGAUCUGCAAGCAGAACCCCUCCUGCCUGCUCCACCUGGAGGUCUUCUUGGAGAACCCCUUAGAAUUCUUCCGGGUGGAGAUUGAGGUGCUGGACAUCAAUGACAACCCCCCGACCUUCCCGGAGUCUGACAUCCAGGUGGAGAUCUCGGAGAGCGCCACCCUGGGCACCCGCUUCCCGCUGGAGAGCGCCUACGACCCAGACGUGGGCAACAACUCCCUCCGCACCUACGAGAUGACCACCAACAGCUUCUUCACCCUGGACGUGCAAACCCAGGGAGAUGGCAACAAGUUUGCCGAGCUGGUGCUGAAGAAGCAGCUGGAUCGAGAGCAACAAGCCCUGCACAGGUACGUGCUAACUGCCAUGGACGGGGGCAUCCCCCAGAGGACGGGCACUGCCCUCCUCACCAUCAAAGUGCUGGACUCCAACGACAACGUGCCUGUCUUCGAUCAGCCGGUGUACACCGUGUCCAUGCCCGAGAACUCGCCCCCUGGCACCCUGGUCCUACAGCUCAAUGCCACCGACCAGGAUGAAGGUCAAAACGGGGAGGUGGUGUACUCCUUCAGCAGCCACAACUCGCCCCGGGUCCGAGAGGUCUUCAGCGUGGACUCCAGGACUGGUCGCAUGGAGAUCGCCGGGGAGCUGGACUAUGAGGACAGCAACAUGUACCAGGUCUACGUCCAAGCCAAGGACCUGGGGCCGAACGCGGUGCCGGCCCAUUGCAAGGUGAUGGUCAAGGUGCUGGACCUCAACGACAACGCGCCAGAGAUCAGCUUCAGCACCGUCAAGGAGUCGGUGAGCGAGGGCGCCCCCCCGGGCACGGUGGUGGCACUCUUCAGCGUCACCGACAAGGACUCGGAGGAGAACGGGCAGAUCCACUGCGAGAUCCUUGGGGAAGUGCCCUUCAGGCUCAAGUUGUCCUACAAGAACUACUACACCAUCGUGACCGACGGCACCCUGGACCGGGAGCUUGUGCCUUCCUACACGGUGACGGUGCUGGCCAGGGACCGGGGCAGCCCUCCCCUCAGCUCCACCAGGUCCAUCCAGGUGCAGGUGGCCGAUGUCAACGACAACGCGCCCAGGUUCUCCCAGGCGGUGUACAACGUGUAUGUGACGGAGAACAACGUGCCGGGGGCGUACAUCUCCGCCGUGAGUGCCACCGACAGAGACGACGAGGAGAACGCUCAGGUGUCCUACAACAUCCUGGAGUGUGACAUCCAGGGCAUGUCCGUCUUCACCUACGUGUCCAUCAACUCCGAGAACGGCUACCUCUACGCCCUGCGCACCUUUGACUACGAGCAGCUCAAGGACUUCAGCUUCAUGGUGGAGGCUCGAGAUGGUGGCAGCCCACCUCUGACCAGCAACGCCACGGUCAACAUCGUGAUCGUGGACCAGAACGACAACGCGCCUUCCAUCAUCUCCCCCCACGGCAGGAACGGGACGGCCAAGGAGCUGCUGCCCAGGACUGCAGAGCCGGGCUACCUGUUCACCCGGGUGGUGGCUGUGGACCUGGAUGAAGGCGAGAACGCCCGCCUGACCUACAGCAUUCUCAGAGGCAACGACAUGAGUUUGUUCCGCAUGGACUGGAGGACAGGAGAGCUAAGGACAGCAAGGAAAAUCACGAGUAAGAGAGACCCCCACAGACCAUUCGAGUUAGUGGUGGAGGUUCGGGACCAUGGACAGCCACCCCUGUCUUCUACUGCACUCAUUCAGGUGGAGAUUGUGGACAGCACUGUAGAGAAACUGAAUGAGAACCACCGCUCCAGUAGAUCCAAUGACACAGCCUUAGACCUCACCCUCAUCCUCAUCAUUGCCCUGGGCUCUGUCUCCUUCAUCUUCCUGCUAGCUAUGAUAGUGCUAGCCAUCAGGUGCCAGAAGGAGAAGAAACUCAACAUCUACAGCUGCCUGGCCAGUGACUGCUGUGUGUGCUGCUGCUCUUGUUGUAGCAGACAAGCCAGAGCUCGCAAGAAAAAGCUCAGCAAGUCAGACAUCAUGUUGGUACAAAGCUCUAAUGUGCCCACUGCUACCCAGGUGCCAGUGGAGGAGUCUGGUAGCUUUGGGUCUCACCAUCAUAACCAGAAUUACUGCUAUCAGGUCUGCCUGACCCCGGAGUCUGCUAAAACGGACCUAAUGUUCCUCAAGCCUUGCAGCCCUUCCAGGAGCACAGAUGCAGAGCACAACCCUUGUGGGGCUAUAGUGACAGGCUAUGCUGACCAGCAGCCUGAUAUCAUCUCCAAUGGCAGCAUCUUGUCCAGUGAGAAUAAACACCAACGCACUGAACUCAGUUAUCUAGUUGACAGACCACGACGGGUAAACAGCUCUGCCUUCCAGGAAGCAGACAUAGUAAGCUCUAAGGAUAGUGGGCAUGGAGACAGUGAGCAAGGAGACAGUGAUCAUGACGCCACUAAUCGAGGUCAAUCCUCUGGAGCUGACCUGUUCUCCAACUGUACAGAAGAGUGUAAAGCUCUGGGCCAUUCGGACCGCUGCUGGAUGCCUUCUUUUGUACCUUCCAGUGAUGGCCGUCAGGCGGCAGACUACCGCAGCAAUCUUCAUGUGCCGGGUAUGGACUCUGUUCCGGACACUGAAGUGUUUGAAGCACCUGAGGUGCCUCCAGGAGGGGAGAGAUCCUUUUCUACAUUUGGAAAGGAGAAGGCAUUACAAGGGCUGGCAGGAGUAGGCAAUGGAAAUGGAGGAGGGAGUACACAAGAGAGAAAAGAGCUAGAUGGCCUGCUCUCCGGGACCAGAGCGCCUUACAAGCCCCCCUAUCUGACACGGAAAAGGAUAUGCUAGUCAGAGCUACAGGACUUACCUGAAGCAGCAUGAUUUGCACAAGUUGACCAACAAAAGCAUCAACUUUUCAACUUCAUUACCCUGGCCAUACAGUCUGGUAUAAAAGAAGGGAUGAAAGUCUGCUGCUGAAGGCAUGGCCAAAAUAAGGACCUUUCUGCUCUCAGCAGGCCUGAGAAAUGAGUUGAAAUGUGAAGAAGAACUGUAGAAACUGAGGAGGCGAGCGACCUUGCCUCACUUAUCAGUGUGUGCCUGUUUACAGCACUAUAUAUCUUUCUUUCUCCAAAACGUCACUGAGCCCUUUAGAUGUUUCUAAACACCACAAGAAGCCAAUCGUACAGAUAGAACAUGCAUUAUAAAUGCAAUAUCACUGUUUUAAACUUGACUGUUUUAUAUCAUUUUUUUUUUGUGUGAUGAAGUGUUAACCCAAAUUAUCCAAACUUUACAAGACAGAUUGUGAUCAUGUUAUGUUCACCUGUGGGUCAUAAAAGGAAAAAAAAAAAAGAAAAAGAAAAAAAUAUUGUUUAUCCACAGACCCAUGGAAUAUCAAGGACAUUCUGUAGUUUAUACACCGUGUUGCAAA